AUGAACACAAAUCAAAAUAUUGCUGAUUAUUAUGAUCCAUUAGAAGAUGAAGAAGCAACUUUAAUAAUUACAGAUAUAAGAUUUAUUGUUGUCGACGAACCAUCUUUUUUUAGAAGAAUGUACAACAGUAUAAUAGAAAUUUUUGAAGACGAUGAUUUUUUAAUAGGUCUUUUUUCAAUAAGCAUUAUUAUUUCCCUUUCUUUUAUUAUUUAUCUCGGAUUGCAUUUAAUUGAUUUAAUAUUUGAUUCAGGAAAAGUUUUGCCGAUUAUAAUUUAA